AUGCGGCUCUUCUCUUCGUUAUGUCUCCUUCUUGUGUCGUCGUUGCAACUCGCAUGGGCGAAAAGCGCAGUUGGAGACAGACUCCUCGUGGUCCUUGAAGACGAAUCGCAGAGAGCACUCUACUCGAAAUUCUGGGCUGAUCUAGAGGCGCGAGACUUCAAGUUGUCGUUUCAGUCCCCGAGAGACGAGAGCCUGGCGUUAUUCAGACAUGGCCAGUUAGCAUACGACCAUCUGCUCCUCACCCCUCCGAGGUCGAAAGGCUAUGGGCCAGCCUUGACGCCGAAGAUCCUUCUCGACUACGUGAAUGGCGGUGGAAAUAUCCUGCUUGGAUUGUCCUCAGAGUCGGGCACCCCCUCAGCCAUCUCGUCGCUCCUUCUCGAGUUCGACAUCGCUUUGUCUCCCGACAAGAAUUCUGUCGUUGUCGACCACUUCAACUAUGACACCGUCUCGGCGGCUGAGAAACAUGACGUUCUACUUGUCAAUCGACCCGGACAAUUGAGGGCGGAUGUGGUCAACUUCUUCGGUGGUGAUGGCUUGUUGGCGGUACCGAAAGCAGUGGGACAGACAUUAGGAAAUGCCAGUCCCCUACUUGCGCCGAUCCUCAAAGCCCCCGUUACGGCCUACGCAUACAAUCCGAAAGAGGAAGGAGAAAGCGCAGAAGAGCUCUUCGCGACCGGCUCUCAGCUGGCCCUUAUUUCCUCCAUGCAAGCACGGAACUCCGCCCGCUUCACGGUGCUGGGAUCCCUGGAGAUGCUGCAGGAUAAGUGGUUCGACGCGUCCGUCAAGUCCCGCGGCGGCGAGAACAGCAAGACCGUGAACCGGGACUUUGCCAGGCAAUUGACCGAAUGGACCUUCAGAGAGGUCGGCGUCCUGAAGGUCUUCCACAUCCAGCACCAUGAGGUCGUGAAGGCGUCCAAGCCUAGCGAGAACACAACCGCACUCAGCGGCCAAUCUAACCCCGAGAUCUACCGGAUCAAGAACGACGUGGAAUUCUCCAUUUCGAUAGGCCAAUACGACAAGACACACUACAUCCCCUUCACCAUCCCGGCCAAUGACGCGCUGCAGCUCGAAUUCUCCAUGCUCUCACCCUUCCAUCGAAUCCCGCUCUCGCCGUCGUCCAGCACGCCGAACAGCACCGUCUUCAGCACGACCUUCACCACGCCUGACCAGCACGGCAUCUUCGCGUUUAAAGUCAACUACAAACGCCCCUUCCUCACGCCGAUCGAGGAGAAACGCCAAGUCACGGUCCGACACUUUGCCCACGACGAGUGGCCGCGCAGUUGGGCCAUAAGCGGCGCGUGGCCGUGGAUCGGCGGGCUGUGGAGCGUCAUCGUCGGGUUUUUGCUCUUCGUCGUCGUCUGGCUGUAUUGCGAGCCGCCGAAGGAGGAGGCCGAAAGACGGAGGAAGCUGAGUAUCAGUAUGGGCUCGAGGUAG